AGCUUUCUCAGCCAGAGCAAAAUGUGCGUGAAACCUCUUUAAAACUGUAUUUAGAGACAUAGUUCUGACCUACUAGACUGCAGGACCAGACUACCAGGAUCUUGGGCAUAAAUGAAGCUCCUGUGAACUCAGUGUUCAGGAAAAACAAUGGAUAUUAGAUGGAUGCACAAUGGGAGACAAAGGCAAGUCCUAGUUUUCUUUGUUUUGCUGAGCAUGUCUGGGGCGAGCGCCGAGUUGGGGCCCUAUUCAGUAGUGGAAGAAACAGAGACAGGCUCCUUUGUGGCAAAUGUAGGAAAAGACCUGGGGCUGGGAUUGACAGAGAUAUCUACCCGCGGGGCCCGGAUCAUUUCCCAGGGGAACAAAGAGCAUUUACAGCUCCAGAUUCAGACGGGGGAUUUGCUCAUAAAUGACAAACUAGAUCGAGAGGAGCUAUGUGGUUCAACUGAGCCCUGCAUACUACAUUUCCAAGUAUUAAUGGAAAAGCCGUUAGAGAUAUUUCAGGCAGAACUGAGAGUGAAAGACAUAAAUGACCAUUCCCCCGUGUUCACUGAAAAAGAAAUGAUUCUAAAAAUACCGGAAAACAGUCCUAUAGGAACUGCAUUCCCUCUGAGUAACGCUCUGGACUUGGAUGUAGGCACCAACAAUGUUCAGAACUAUAAAAUCAGCCCCAACUCCCACUUCCGGGUUCUAACCCGAAAUCGCAGCGAUGGCAGAAAAUACCCUGAGCUGGUGUUGGACAAAGAGCUGGAUCGGGAGGAGGAGCCUGAAAUCUCAUUAACACUGACAGCGCUGGAUGGAGGCUCUCCGCCUCGGUAUGGAACCGCGCAGGUGCUCAUUGAUGUGGUGGACAGUAAUGAUAACGCCCCUGAAUUUGAGCAGUCGCUCUACAAGGUGCAUAUUCCCGAAAACAGCCCCGUAGGCUUCUUGGUUGUCACUGUCUCUGCCAGCGAUGUAGACAGUGGAGUCUAUGGGAAAAUAUCAUACACGUUCUUUCAGCCUUCAGAAGAUAUUAGUAAAACUUUGGAGGUAAAUCCUAUGACAGGCGAAAUUCGACUGAGAAAUAAAGUAGAUUUUGAAACAGUUCUGUCUUAUGAAGUGGACAUCAAGGCCACUGAUGGGGGAGGUCUUUCGGGAAAAUGCACUCUUCUCCUGCAGGUAGUGGAUGUGAAUGAUAAUCCUCCAGAAGUGACGGUGUCCGCACUCACCAGUCCCAUCCCAGAAAACUCCCCUGACAUUGUAGUUGCUGUUUUCAGUGUUUCAGAUCUUGACUCUGGGGACAAUGGGAAAACUAUUUCCUCCAUUCAGGAUGACCUUCCUUUUCUUCUAAAACCUUCAGUCAAGAACUUUUACACUUUAGUAACCGAGAAAGCACUAGACAGAGAAGAAAGAGCGGAGUACAACAUCACCAUCACCGUCACAGAUAUGGGGACCCCCAGGCUGAAAACCGAGCACAACAUAACCGUGCGGGUGUCCGACGUCAACGACAACGCCCCCGCCUUCACCCAGACCGCCUACACCCUGCGGGUGCGCGAGAACAACAGCCCCGCCCUGCACAUCGGCAGCGUCAGCGCCACAGACAGAGACGCGGGCGCCAACGCCCAGGUCACCUACUCGCUGCUGCCGCCCCACGACCCGCACGUGCCCCUCGCCUCCCUGGUGUCCGUCAACCCGGACAACGGCCACCUGUUCGCCCUGAGGUCGCUGGACUACGAGGCCCUGCGGGCCUUCGAGUUCCGCGUGGGCGCCGCCGACCGCGGCUCGCCGCCGCUCAGCAGCCAGGCGCUGGUGCGCGUGCUCGUGGAGGACGCCAACGACAACGCGCCCUUCGUGCUGCACCCGCUGCAGAACGCCUCGGCGCCCUGCACCGAGCUGGUGCCCAGGGCGGCCGAGGCGGGCUACCUGGUGACCAAGGUGGUGGCGGUGGACGGCGACGCGGGCCAGAACGCCUGGCUGUCGUACCAGCUGCUCAAGGCCACGGAGCCCGGGCUGUUCGGCGUGUGGGCGCACAACGGCGAGGUGCGCACGGCCCGGCCGCUGAGCGAGCGCGACGCGGCCAAGCAGCGGCUGGUGGUGCAGGUCAAGGACAACGGCGAGCCGCCGCUGUCGGCCAGCGUCACGCUGCACGUGCUGCUGGUGGACGGCUUCUCGCAGCCCUACCUGCCGGCCCCGGAAGCGGAAGCGGCGGACGCGGGCCCGGCCGACCCGCUCACCGUCUACCUGGUGGUGGCCUUGGCGUCGGUGUCGUCGCUCUUCCUCUUCUCGGUGCUGGUGUUCGUGGCGGUGCGGCUGUGCAGGAGGGGCGGGGCGGCCUCGGUGGGCCGCCGUUCGGUGCCCGAGGGCCACUUUCCGGGCCCGCUGGUGGACGUCAGCGGCACGGGGACCCUGUCCCAGAGCUACCAGUACGAGGUGUGUCUGACGGGAGGCUCUGGGAUUAAUGAGUUCAAAUUCUUGAAGCCUGUCUUCCCCAGUAUUCUAGAACCGGACCGUGGAAGGGAGUCAGAAGGAAAUCCAACCUUCCAGAAUAGUUUAGGUAUCUGAAACACCCACUAUGUACAUUCGUUUUGUCUCCUACACCUUUCUCUUUUUUAAUCUAGUAGUAAUCUUAUUUCUACUUGUGUUUCUUCUUUUCUCAGUAAU